AUGGGCGUGCAGCUUGAUUGUUGUGCCUGCUCGUCCUGGGCACGGUGCUUCCCUUCUUCCCUCCUCCUUGCCGGCCGCGACGCGGUGAGCGUGGCUGGCGGUUUUGGCCCCUGGGAGGUGCACGCGCAGCGCGCCCCGAAGCGUCCUCUGGGCCCCGCUGCGUCCCCUGAGCUCGCUGACGGCAGGCUGGCGCGCGUGGCGUGCCCAGUUCGCCGGGCGGUCUGCCGUUCCCGGGUGUUCGGUGGUGCCCACCGCGCCGUGCGGAGAAGCGAGGAAACAGUGGCCUGCCCCGCUCCAGGUCGAACAAGAACCAUCUUCACCGGGGUGGACCAAUCUGCGAACCCAUUUUGCGCGGUGCCUUGUUUCGCUGCUGGCUGA